AUAUAUAUAUAUAUUGUUGCCAAGCUCAUGAAUUUGUUAGUCUUUUGAUGUCCAGGCUUCCCAUUUGGAGCAUCAAGUUUUGUUGAUGCAUAAAUCAUCAAAGAAGGUUACCAUUCCAAAGCAACCUGAAUUGGAAACUCACCUAAGAGCACUAAAUCGACGGUCCAAGUGUAGCUCCACAUCAAGCAAAAGCAAGAAACAAAAACAGAAGGCCUUUAGCUUCAAUCCUCUCCCAUUGAACCAAAAAGCUCUUUCUGUAUCCCAGCCUAAACAGACCACCUUCAAACAGGCAGAGUUCCAAAGUGUAGUUUACAUGGAAUCGAUUCAAACUGCUGAGGACAAAGACUGGACUGAUGAUAUGUGGCUGGAUAGUCCCCCUACAGAGCAUUUCUGUGUACUCUCCUUGGGAGGUAAAGAAAACUGGGGUUUGGACGAGGAUUUGAAGACUGCUAAAUCCAGCUGAAUUUCUUGCGAAGUGCUUGCUUAUGGAGCUGAUUUAGGUCUCUGAAGUGAGGGAACACAUUAGAUACUUUACAGUAGAAGGAAGUGCUUAGAAGCCAAUUCAAUCAGCACAGCAUUUGUUGUUGUAAUAAACUCAGUAAUUAUAAAAUUUCAUGCAAUGUUCAUGGGCUUCUUGCAAC